AUGGCAAAGAAUAGAGGAAAAAAUCUAGGUAUGUCAGAACAGAUUAAAAUCACUGAAGACGAUAGGGAUACACUUAUGAUUCUUGAAAAUCUUAUUAGUGAGGGUGAAAUUGAGGAGUGUUCUAUGAAUACCGCAUUAGCACCUGAAACUACCAUUAGUAGUAUACUAAACACUUCCCUUCCAACUUUAAACUUUAGACCUAAAUCAAAUUAUAUGCCACCUUUGUCACUAGUAUCAGCUGUUAAUCUUUUUGUGAAAGAAGUCGAAAAAGAAAUUGAUAGAUUACCAAUCAAUAAGAUAAUUGAUUAUAAUUUAUCUAGACAAGAAAGAAUAGCCUUACAGGAACUUAUGAAUACCCUUGGUAUCAUCAUAAAGCAGGCUGACAAAGGCGGAAAUUUAGUAAUUAUGAAUGAAUCGAACUAUGCUUUGGAAGUAAAAAAACAGCUUAAUAAUAAAGAACAGUAUCAACUUAUUCAAGAAAAUCCUAUCGCUAAAAUACAAGGUGAAUUGCUACAUAUACUCAACAAGGCAAGAAAAAAUGGUAUUAUAAGUAAAAAAGAGUUUGAUUACUUGUAUAUAAAAUUUCCUAAAAUACCAGUUUUUUACUACAUCCCAAAAUCAUAUAAAAAUAUGGAAGAUCCCCCCGGACGCCCCAUAAUUUCGGGGAUUGGCAGUAUUGCCGAGCAUAUUGGUAAUUAUGUGGAUAGCUAUUUAAAACCAUUUGUAUCGUCCUUGCCCACAUUUGUUCAAGACACUACUGAUCUAUUAAGACAGUUAGACGGUAUAGAAGUAGAUGAAGAAACCUUAUUAGUAUCAUUAGAUGUAGAGGCUCUUUAUUCCUCUAUUCCACACUCCUUAGGAAUUGCAGCUGCACAACAUUUUCUUGAAUCUAGAGAUGAGAAUGUUAAAAGUGUGGUGGGUGAUUUUCCAUCACUGGUUGCACGUAGAGAUCCCAAUUUAAAAGACAAAUUGGUUAAGAGCGACUUUACACGCAACCCCAAAGCACAAAAUUGUUCUUUGUCUCCUGUUAAUAAUAUGGAGGAAUUUCACCUAUGGAUUCGAUUGCUGUUGGCUGAACUGGAGCGGAAAAUGCACAAUGGAUAUGAUGGUUUACUAACGUUACUGAGAGUCCCACACAAUGAUUUACCCUGGCAGCUCUUAGACAAAUUUAAUAACCAUCUAAAUGGAGUGGACUUACAUACUCUACAAAACACCCACACAAAUAUCCCCAAAUUACGAGAAGGAAGAGUUGGAGGACAGUUCUGGGCAGCUUAUGUUCCCUGUGACACUCAAGGGAAGGAUGCAGUGAAAAGGACACUGGAGCAGAUUGAUGUCAUUCAUCGCAUGUGUCAGAAGUAUCCUGAUGAGUUUUCAUGUGCGUUCAACACGUUUGGAAUCAGGGAAGCAAUGUUUAAUCAUAAAGUUGCCAGUCUGAUUGGAGUGGAAGGUGGUCACUCUAUAGACAGCAGCUUGGCAACACUGCGCACCUUCUACCACUUGGGAGUCAGAUAUAUGACCUUGACACACAGUUGUAACACCCCCUGGGUUGACAACUGGCUUGUGGAUACAGGAAGUGACCCAGCAACUAGCAAUGGAUUGUCUGAUUUUGGGAAAAAAGUGGUCUGGGAAAUGAACCGCCUUGGAAUGAUUAUUGACUUAUCACACGUAUCUGUGAAGACAAUGAAAGAUGCACUUGAGCUGUCACGUGCACCAGUCAUAUUCAGUCACUCAUCCGCAUAUGCACUGUGCAACCAUGCCCGGAAUGUGCCUGAUGAUGUGCUGAGGCUAGUGAAAGAGAAGAGGAGCUUAGUGAUGGUUAACUUCUACAAUGACUAUGUCACCUGUAAUCAGAAAGCUAACCUAUCAAAUGUAGCAGAUCAUUUUGAUUACAUUAAGAAUAUUGCUGGAUAUGAAUCAGUUGGAUUUGGUGGCGACUAUGACGGUGUCCCAAGGGUUCCAGUAGGCCUUGAGGAUGUCUCUAAAUACCCAGACCUUGUUGCUGAGCUUCUGAGAAGAGGAUGGACAAGCCAUGAGCUUAAAGCUGCUCUGGCUGAGAACCUAAUACGUGUGUUUGCGGAAGUGGAGAGUGUAUCCAGGGAUAUGUCCUACGAUUCACCUAGUGAUGUGGCUAUUCCAUAUGAAGAUAUAGAGAGUGACUGUCGCACCAGUUAUGGUUAUAACGUUACAAGGGGUGCAGCUGCACAUCACUUUGUGGGUCAAGCACUUUUGCUAUUUUGUCUCCUCUGCACAUUUGUCCUAUGAUAUCAGUUCUACUGACAAGUCUCUGGCCAUGGAAUAUGUGUAUUGUUUGUGGUGAUAAUAAAAUGAUGUCAUAUAUAUCUUGAA